CGUCAGGAAUGGAACUAGUGCGCUGGUCGGAUGUCUGAAUAUUAUUAUUUGUAAUAGUCACCGUGACUACUAUACCUAAGUGCCUGAUAUCACUUGGGGUUUUCCGUUUACAUCUCAAAUUUAUAAUUUUCUCUCAGUAUAUUUGUUUCUAUGUAAAGUAAACAAGAAGAAAACCACACAAUGCAUGAGCUGCAGCAUCACAAUAAGGAGGCAUAAUAACAUCUUGAAAUUGGGUCGCCUAUGCUCCUCUCUCUCCAGUAAACUCUGAGUGGCACCAUCUCUCUCCCGUCCCCCGCCGAGCUGCACCCCUCCCCCUCUCCCCCCACCUCCUCCCUCUCCUCCCGCUCCACUCCCAGCUCCCUCUCUCCGCCCUCCUCCGCCCCUCCCUCUCCCUCCGCCGGCGCCAUGCGGGACCCGCCCCUCCCCCCAUACCUGGACCGCGGCGACGGCCACAACCGCUGCUGCCAGCGCCGCUUCUGGUGCAUCGCCGAUGUAUGCGGCGUGCUCUGUGUUCUCAUCACCUGGCUGCUGAUCGGAUACGCCGAGUACGUGGUCAUGAUGAUCCUGCUGUCGUGGCCGCACUCUGUGAUGCGGGGCAUCCACCUGGUGCUCUACAACACCCUCACCGUGCUGGCCUUCUCGAGCCACGCGCGCACCAUGCUCACUGACCCGGGCGCUGUUCCGCGCGGUAACGCCACGAAAGAGCAUAUGCAGUGGAUCACCAGUCAGGAGGGAGGCGUCGUCUAUAAGUGUCCCAAGUGUUGGAGCAUCAAGCCAGAGCGGGCCCACCACUGUUCCGUGUGUCAGCGCUGUAUCCGCAAAAUGGACCACCACUGUCCGUGGGUCAACAACUGUGUCGGCGAAAACAACCAGAAGUUCUUCGUGCUGUUCACGUUCUACAUCGCCUCCAUCUCGGUUCACGCGCUAAUCCUGGCCGUGAACCAGUUCGUCUCCUGCUUCCACACCGAGUGGAAGGAGUGCAGCAUCCACACGCCGCCGGCAACCGUCAUCCUGCUGCUGUUUCUCAUCUUUGAGGGCGCGCUGUUCGGCAUUUUCACGCUGGUGAUGCUGUGCAGUCAGGUGCAGGCCAUCUGGACCGAUGAGACGGGCAUCGAGGCGCUCAAGGGCGAGGAGGUGCGCUGGCGGCGCCAGCAGCGCUGGAAGAGUAUGCGCGCCGUGUUCGGCCGCACGUGGCACCACUGGUUCUCGCCUUUCACGCGGCCGGUGCUGUCGGGAGGCGGCGGCGGCCUGCGGCACGUGUACCCCGUGUGAGCUCAGGGGCCCCGGGAGCCGCCGACCAACGGGCGCUACCCCGCACGGCGACUCAGUCAGACUACUUGACUCCGGCUCCAUCGACUCGAACGACUCUACCGACUCCGAGUCAGUGGCGGCCGAGAUGGAGAGACGCACUCAGUCGAUGGGAGAUAUGCCUGUUUGAUUCGCCCCCGCCGCCGCCGCCGCCGCCGCCGCCGCCGGCGCCACCGCCAGCUCAAGCGUCCAACUCUGCUUGUUAUGGUCACAGAGGUGGGUGUCCAGUAGGGACCGGGGACUUAUCACCCACCGUGCGUUCGUCUAUCGUCGCCCCCAUCACUGCGAUCGCAUCUCUUCGUGGAUAGACGGUACACAGUCACGUGGAGAGGUUGCAGUGUAUGAAGUGGGAUGAAGGCGGAGUGGGCAGGGCUGAGAGUUCAGUCGGUGGUGAAGUGUGGUUGCGAGGACUCCCAGUCUGAUGUGUUGUUGCGAGGACACUGGAGAUGGAACAGACAGAGGCGUUUGGUGGGUGGCGCGCUCCGGUAGCAAUGCUGGCGAGAUUAUGCUUUAAUAUGUAUUCAUGGCUUAGUUAUUCAGUGGAUAAUCGGCACGAAGGGUGAGAGGGGAGAGAGAGAGAGAGAGAGAGAGAGAGAGAGAGAGAGAGAGAGAGAGAGAGAGAGAGAGUCGGCACAGCGGUCGCUCUUGCGAAGACUGUCUGCUCCUCUAGAUCAGCAGCGGUGACAGACACACCGACGCCACCUUGCGUUUCCCUUGUGACGGUCGGAGAGGACAGACUCCGGCGCUGGCAUCGCGCACGGGCUGCUCCUAACUCUAGACACUGUCCCACUGUGGUGGAAAGGGCGAGAGAGGGGUUAACACAGAGCAAUGCGAGUGGUAGAUCCGUAUCGCUGGCGGCCGCGUCAUCAAGACUCUGCUGCGCGGGUGGCGAAGACAACAGACAGAAGUGGUGGUAGGGAUAUCGGACCUGGCCGCAAGGGUAGUGUCUGAAGUCUGACCGGUGCUGGGGCUAGCCGAGCCGCAGUCGACAGUGGGUGAGGAUCAGCCCGUCACCCUGAGGGAUACGAAGCCGUGCGGUGGGACUGGUAAAUCCAGAGAUGUGUUUCGUGUGUGCGUCUCAUCGCUGAUCAUGGUUUUGUUUUACGCGUUUCGUGUCAGUGUUUUGUUGCGUCAAUGUGUGAGAAUGUGUCGCUUGUUGGUGUAAUACUUUGAAGCUAUUUCUCCUAAUGGAAGUGGAUGACCCAUGAGAAACAUUCAGCACUGCUGGCAUUGAUAGUGAAUUCAACUACAGAUUACCAAAUGGCCGAAGCAAUCAGCUGCUGCUUGAGUGUUCCCCCAAUGACCGUGUAUUUUUAUGUUUUAACUUAUCAGUGACUGAUAGCUGUUCUGUCUCUGUUGUUGUCGAUCUGCUUUCUUCGUUUAGUAUUCGGAAGGAAAAGCGUUGUUGUUAUUGAGUAUUCGAAAGGAAAAGCGUCGUUACUGUUGGAUUUGCGCAGCAGGAAACGCAGGAUAAUAUUGCUGGUGAGCUACUCCACCAAUCGUCGCUCCCAAAAAGUAAAUGUCUGUUUAUAUUGUAGCUUUCUGUCACAAAGUUUCCCAACAAAGACGGCAAAAAGAUUUACGUAACAUAUCAGCCGCAAGACUUAGUACUCAAGUUAACAGCCAAAUGCUAAAAUCUAGAUAAUAAACGGUGCUGUAUUCUGACGUGUUAAGUUGGUCAUGGACGAAUGCUCAAUGGUGAACUGUAAUCUGACGGGAGCUAAAUUGCUAAUAGUUGUAUCGCGAUAUGUCGUCUAUCGUGGCUCAGGAAGCCCUAGAACAAAUGCGGGGCGAUGUGCAAGCUGUUUGACGAAUUUGUAUUUGCAUGCUUAGUUGGCAAUAGCGUGUGAUUUUCUUCGUUCUCGCCACAGUUUACAUUGUCGCUGCGGCGAGGUGUGCAUUGUGAUUCGUGCUGGCUUGAAAGUUACUGUAUCGCUCUAUCUUUCUACUACCGUGUGUGCGCCUUUUUGAAUGGCCUCAGUAAUGCUGGCAGGCGACGCCUGAUUUUCUAACCUCUGUAGAUUGCGCCGCACCACUUUCUCCUUCGCAAACCGAUUCGAGAAACUCGUCAGCUGGUAGCGGACACACUUUACCAGGCGUUCUCCGUGUAAUGUGAAGCUGAAGCACGACACUGUUGCUUGUUGGUACACACCAGAGCGGGAUGAGUGUCGAGUCGAUACUCUGGCCUGAUGCCGGGAUCGAGGCUUCAUGUUUCUGUUGAUGUGUCUCACAAUGUCGCCACAACCGGCACCUAGCGAUGGCUGGGGUUUACAUUCCAUUGAUGACGUUACUCAGCAAAUGUGUAAUCACUGCACGCUGGUGUGCGUGUGUGCGUGUCAGGUUUGCGCCCUGUUCGUGUGUUACCGCGGGAUGUUUGUGUGUCUGUCUGUGUGUGUAUGUGCCCCGAUCUCCGGCUGAUUGCCGUGGUCCUUACGUCACUGUUAUGUCACUGCGUCACUUGUGUGUCUGCCCGUUUGUCGGCUCACGACCGUUUUCUCUGCACGUCGCCUGGAGUUCACUCGACUGGCAAUAUAUGUGAUACGCCGCUGCUAUAAA